ACAGUUUGAGUUCGACCGUGCUUGGGGUUGUGUGUCGCGGCUCGUCGUCCUCCCCCGACCAAUGGAGAAGUCGUCGGUGUCGUGGUUGUCGCCGCCGCCGACGGGAGAUGCGUCAUCCGUUGUCAGCGACGCGAGCGACUUGUCAAGCUAAUUACCCAUUCGUCUCCUACGCCUCAAAAACAGGAAACUUGUUUUCUGACAACAUGUUGCAUGCAGCAUGAAGACUGACCGGACCCAUCGAACGUAACCGUAUCAUUCAUCCGGGAUCGUUCGAGAGAGUCGUCCGAGCGUUUCGAUGUCGAGUCAUCACCACCAAAGUGCACAGUGCCCGAAAUAUCGGUGACACUUCCCGUGUGAGUAAUCGUGUUCGUCAAAAGUGGAUUCGCACGUUGUGGGUGACAGUAGGGCACUCCGACAAGGACGAUGGCCAAAAUGUGCGAUUGGAUGUACGUCACCGACCCUAGGUUCAUGGGUCGCACCGGAACCGCCACGACCGUGCGCUUGGAUAUCAUUCAGCAAGACAAGCAGCGAGCUUCUUGCCAGCAGAUACCCCUCCUCAAAGUCAGGGUGGACAAAGGCGGCUACCAGGAGCCCGACCUGCCCCACCACGGCGUCAAGCUACAGGGGUCCCUGCAGCCGUCGAGGCACGACCCUGGCAGCCCCCAGCUGCAACCCCACGGGGCCCCCGGCGUGGCCGGAGGGGCCAAGCUCAAGAAGAGGCCUCUAUGCCGGUUCUGGAAGCUCCGGUUCCUGCCUUCUUCGUCCUCGUGUGCCUCGUCCUCGUCCAGGAGCAAGUUCGUCGCCAUCCUCGUCCUGCUGGCGGCUCUAGUCCUCGUGGCCGUAGUCAGCGCCCUCGUCUACACACUGUACACAAGAUCCAAACUCGACUUGAGGAAAGAAGAGAUCCGACAAGAUCCCGAAGCCGGUAGUUGGGCGGUGGACGGUUCCUUCCGCGUCACCAACAGGGGCUACUCUCCCGAACUGGUGGACCACUCCAGCAGAAUCUUCAAGUCGCUCGCCUCCGAAGUAGCAAGAGCGCUGGACGAGUUAUUCUACUUAGGCCCACUCUCGUCAGACUACAACAUGACUCAAGUUGUAGAAUUUAGCAACAAUGAAGGCAGCAUAGUAGUGGACUGUCGAAUCAUCCUCAACCAACCGCUGGCCAACGCGGCUCAUCUAGUGGGUCUUGCAUUCAUCCAAGUCCUCGAGCAAGGACACGGAAUCCUUCCGGCCGGAAACCUGCACGUUGACAUUCGUUCUUUACGUUUCACGGGGGUGAAACCUGGUGCUGUUCCCCCUCAAGUUCUUGUCACACAUGGGCCUUCCUACUUUGAUGCUGCCUGGUCCGACUGGUCACCCUGGAGCGACUGCACGGGCCACGACGGCCAGUGUAACCCCGCACGCCUCCAGUCGCGACGCCGCGAGUGCCGUUCCCAUUACGGCCGGGGCAGCCUGCUGCCCGACAACCUGGCCUGCCUCGAACUGGGGGGCAAGGAAGUCGAGUUCAAGAACUGCCCCUGCCCCACCCCACCCACACCCGUCCCUCCCGGCGGGACCCCCUCCAGCGCCACCACGGCAGCGCCCAAGCUCGCCACGGACGCCAGCACCACGCCCCGCGCGAGCGCCAACGGGACUGCGUCGUCAUUGUCUCCCCAAAACAAGCAGAAGGCGGUCACGGCUUCUCAGCCAUCUGCGGCACUCCCGGAUGACUGGAGGCCGUGCCACCAAUGCCACGAGGGCGAAAUCUGCUUCAUGAGUGGCAAGGAGACGACGCCCCACUGCGUCAAACCCAAGGACCCCCAAGAUCCCCGGGGCUGUGGUGGAUGGUGCUCGGGGCCCAACGAACUCUGCCGCCGGCUCGACAACGUCGUGUUUCACUGCGUCGAUGAUUCGGAGUGCCUUCACGACGAAUGGCAGUGUUCCAACGGACUGUGCAUCCCGGAACAGCGACGCUGCGACGGGCAUUUCAACUGCUACGACAUGACCGACGAAUACAACUGCGAAUGCGGAAACGAUGGCUUCCACUGUGGCAACAACACCUCCUGCCUACCACUUGACCGCCGCUGUAAUGGAUUUGUUGACUGCUGGGAUGGAAGCGACGAGGCGAAUUGCACUGCUCUCUGUCCCACCUCUCAGCACACCUGUAACAGUGGCCAGUGCGUACCCCUCGACUACUUCUGCGACAGCUUCCGAGACUGCGACGACGGCUCCGACGAACCCGCGGGCUGCGACUCCCCGUGCCUGCCGCGCCAGAAGCAGUGCCUCAACGGGCGCUGCGUCCCCAGCUCCGUCUGGUGCGACGGCUUCGACUCGUGCGGCGAUGGCAGCGACGAGGCACACUGCUCCGGCACGCCGUCACGCGACCGCAGCAGUGUGCUGCUGCCCUUCCAGCACCCCUCCGACCGUGCUGGGGUCCUCAGGCUGCCCCCGAACUUCAGGAGGAGGAAGCCGGAAGCACCCAACGCCCACAGGUGAUUGGCGGGGUGACAGCGUGUGCGAGCUAAGCGGUGAUACCCGAACGGCCGGCGACGUAAUGUGGCCAACGUCGGCAGCGAGGACGCAACAUCGAAACGUCGGCACUGAACCAAACAACAGCGGUGACGCCAAUGCGAUGCCGGUGAAAUGCUGGCAACACUGACAAGAGGCCAGUGAAACGCCGACAAAAGGCCGGCAGCGCUCACGUGCUGCCAGUGAAACACGAAUGCAACCCCGGCCAUGCCGACGUGAUGUCAGUGAAGUACCGACGUCGGUGUGCAACGCUGGUGAGCGCGAGGGGGGUGCCGCGACGACACAAGCAAUGGAGAAAAGGGAUGUCAGUGACAGCGACGUGGAUUUCACAUUGGUGCAAGUGACUGCAAUGUGGAAACAUCUGUGUUGAUGCGAGACGGUGGAGAUGACUGACGUCGGGCAGAUCGGGUGUUUCGGUUGGCCGCUGAAUCGGUGCCGGCGAGUUCAGUCAAGUUAGGUUAUUCGAUUGAGUGUUUGGACGGAACUGAUUGCCUCCACGAGAUAUGGUGACGAGAGUCAGAAGAAUGGUGCAGAAACAACCAAGAUGUGUGGUGUAGAAGCAAGGUGCAUGGUAUACAAUUGGGCUGCCUACUUGAAGGAUUCUGGGAACUGCUGUGUUUAAGAUGCCACACCAGCCUCCACCCUAUCAAACACAGCAUUUCAGCCGAGCGAAAACAUCGAUCGGACUUGUGAACUUGUGAAUUGUGUACAGUUUCUAGACUGCUUAUUUAAAGAAAAAAAAACAAGAUAGACUUUUUACGGCAUUAUGUACUACAAAAUGGCUCCUACGGAGCUGGUCACGACCAACCACUACCAGUGUGUAAUCCAGGUUUUUACUUCCUUUUGUGCGUUGAAGUUAAUCGAAAGAUAAUUUAAGUUUUCUUCCUUUUAAAACUAAUUUCUUUAUAUUGUGUCUUGAAGUUUUCCUAACAAACUGCGAUAGGGACCGCAACUUUCAGAUAUCUGUGGACACGCUGCUUGUCUCAAGCACGAGGACUAGCAUUCCAUUACUUAUACCUCAACCACCUUGUUUUUAUUUUCAUAAAUGACUUGCCUGUUUGAGGUGCACAAUUGAGACAAGUGCACUGUACUUAAAACAAAACUUCUGCUCAACAGAGAAAAAGAAAAUAAAUUGUAUUUGCUUAAGAUCACAUUGCAAAACACCUUAAAGGCAAGUUGAAGGUCUGAUCUAGCUAAUGUCAUCAAGUGCUAAUUAUUUAGAUGACGAACCAGAAUGAAAAGAGAACACAAAACAGCACGAAAAGAAUACUGCAAGCUGCUAGUGUGCUAGUCAGACUUUCCUAGCAGAAGCUCUACUUCUCUCAUAACCACAGAAAUGCUUCAGACGUUCAGACCAUCAAGUUUGCAAGCAAGACCCGCAAACAUUCCAAAACAUAUACAGGUGGAAGGUUCAACAACUUUCAGCUAAAGGUGUUUCACUCUGCAUUAUAGUGCAAGAAAUAAUUUGAUCACUUUACGCAUGAAUGCAAAUACAAAGUGUACACACACAUUCUGCUAAUUCUUCGUUGGCAUGUUGCACGCAAAAUGUUUUCGGAGUGUUGAAUUUGUAAAUGUGUAAUAUAUAUAUAUAUAUAUUCUAGUUCAUCCAAUGCCAGCAGUCUCUUGCAAAACACACGCAUGACGGCCGUUUUUUUUUAUUUUUUUUUAUAAGGCUCAGCCCGUUCCCAUGGGAACUGCGUCCGUCCCGAGAAGUUUUUGUCGCGUAAAGGUUACAGCGUUGAAUAGGCUUAUGUAUUUCACUCCGAAAAAAGAGCAUAGCACGUUUCCAAAUAGUUCACGUUGGAGUUUUAAGGUUAGUAGCAUCGACAAAAAUGUUCCUAUGCAAACAAAAAGAAUUGAUGCAAAGCCUUGUUUCGUGUUGCAUGCACGCGAGGGAAAACAAUGAAAAACAAAUUAAUCCAAGAAAUUUUCUGCCUGCAGACUUUUCUUUGUGUGUGUGUUUGUUUUGCUCAGUGUUGUUAUCAUGUUGCUUCAGAUGAAAACCGAGAGUUAAUUUAUUUUUUACUGUACCACCUCACCAGCCAAUAUCAUGUAUUAAAGGCAAUUACACAAGAUGUCAAGGCA